AUGACAUCACAGAAGAGGUACAGGCAACAUCAAGAAAAUAACAAAAACUCGUCCAGAUUUAGAGAUCUUCCACCUCGAUUCAAGCGUCAGAAAUCUACCGGUUCACCGACAGCACCUCCAUCAGCAUCUCCGACUGUGACACCAGUAGCAGCAGAGACCCAAUUGGGCGUUGAAAUUAAUCACACUUCAGUCGUGAACGAUACAGUCUCCCCACAGCCAGUAGUACUAUCACAAAUGGCACCAAGUAUUGUCAAUGUCUCUUCUCCCGAAGAAAGUCUCAGAAAUCAGGCCAGACCAGGAACAGAUCGUUUUCAAGUUCCUGUCUCGUCUGUGUCUUCAUGGCAGUGGCCAGCUAAUUCUGAAUCGUACGUCUUGUCACAGUGGGAUCAAAGACAGUUCAACAGGGCCACUAAUGUCCAGCCACCACCCGUGGCACUUGGGACACACUUUGGUUAUAAAAUGGACAGUCCUCCAUUAUCCCCUUGGGCUUCUAGAAACGCAUCUAAUUUUCCUGGACAAUUUGGCGUGGGAAGUCCAGCGUGGGUGUCCCCUACUGGUGACCUUUGUACAGGUCAGGGAGUCCGCAGUCCACCAAUGUAUUUUAAUAAUGAAAACUGGGCACCUAACCAGAACUUGAUGUAUCCUCAUAGCCCAGGUGGUGUGUGGGGUAAACCGCCAACACCCCAGCAUUUAUAUACCUCUCCUUCGGUUGCCUUGCAGGAUCGUGCACCGGUUUCUUCUCUGUAUAUGGAAAACCAUAACAUUGGUGAUAGAAGCAGCGAGAGAUCAAUUGACUACUCAGAUCCUGAUAUUAGAACUAUUGAAAUGCUUCGUGAGCUAGAGAGAGUGGCAGAUGAGAAAGAAAGUGAAGACUUUGGAGUCGACAGAAAGUCUCUUGUGUCACACCAUCUUCGUAUGCUGAUGUGUGCUGUAGAUAAGUACACAGAAGGGGUUGAAGAUGGCGCCUCUAGACAAGAUGAGGUAUCCCUGGCAACAAACAGUAGAGAAUCCAGUCCUCACGUUUCACCACAUCCCCCUGAAGCCAGGAUCAGGGUAAACAUGCAAGAAGCCGAACCAGAGUCCAGGAUGUCUUUUUGGUCUUCAGGCAAUGAAAAAUCUUCAUGGAAACAUCCACAGACCGAACAAGCAUCUUUAGCAGCAAGUCAGCAGAUGGCUCGAACCCAGGCUUAUCAACACACUCCUGUAAAUGAGCAACCAAACAACAUUGAAGGUCAAAACAUCGCAUGGGACUUAUGGUCAAGCCCAUCUUUUGACUUCUCUGGAUUGUUAAAUCAAGACUUGGAUGAUCUUACCCGUAACCCAUUCAGCAGGUCGAAGGAAAGUGACGAGAAACGGAAACCCCUUUACCAGCGAUAA